AUGACGACCACAGCAUCGACAUCAGCAUCAGCUGCUAAAUCAACAUCCAAUACAAGUACUCCAGUAAUCCCACUUACCAAUCAGCUCUGGACAGAAAAAUAUAAACCUACAAAGAUUUCAGAAAUCGUUGGCAACAAAAUCUUGGUUGGCAGAAUUGUUGAAUGGCUUGAGAAUUGGCAAAAAUAUGCAGAUGCUCGCGCAAAGGGCAUCAAGGAAAGAUAUGAUAAGAACAAUAUGAGUUUCUUUCGGUCGAUAUUGAUCAGUGGUCCUCCGGGGAUUGGAAAGACAACAACUGCCCAUGUGGUUGCAGAAUCAUGUGGAUAUGAAGUUUUAGAAUUCAAUGCAAGCGAUGUGCGAAGCAGAAAGGUUUUGGAGGAUAAUAUCUCUGAAAUGGUUGAUAAUCGGACAAUGACAGAGUUUUUUGUUGCCAGGCCAAAGGAUAAUGAAGUUCCCAAAAAGACCAAAAAGGUCGUCUUGAUUAUGGACGAGGUUGAUGGAAUGACAUCCGGUGACAGAGGAGGUGCGGCUGUGCUGGCUUCUCUUAUCAGAAAAACAAAGGCAAGAUAUAUUCCUGUCAUAUGUGUCUGUAACGAUGUUCGAUCCCAAAAGGUUCAACCCUUGAUCAAUGUUUGCUUUGAUGCCCGAUUCACAAAAACUCCUGCGAAUCAGUUGAGAUCUAGAAUUAUGACCAUUGCAUUCAGAGAAAAGCUUAAAAUAUCACCUCUUGCGAUUGAUCAACUCGUGGAUUCUACUCAAAAUGAUAUCCGUCAAAUCCUCAAUAUUCUCUCUACCUAUCAAGUUGCAGACGAGGUCAUGGAUCCAAACAAGGCAAAAUCAAUUGGUGAAAAAUCCUUCAAGGAUUCUCAACUCCAGCUGUUCGAUAUACCCUCAAGUCUAAUGAACUCGGAGUCGUGGGAUAAGAAAUCUAUUAAUGAGAAAUCGGAUAUAUAUUUUCAAGACUACAUGAUGGCUCCUUUGAUGAUAGCUGAAAAUUAUAUAAAAUAUGAACCUGACCGUGCCAAUCUUUCAAAUAAUAUGGGAAAUCCGCGUAUCACAGAGGCUAUGAAGCUCAAGCUUAUGGCUUCAGCGUCGGAAUCAAUAGCAGAUGGUGAUAUUAUUGACGCAACUAUUCAUGGACGCACUCAAGAUUGGUCCCUUUUGCCAAUUCAUUCUAUUAUGUCUUGCGUUCGACCUGCUUCUUUUAUUAAAGGCGAAAUAAAAGGAGGUUCAUAUGGGCGCUUGAACUUUACUUCGUGGAUGGGUCAGAAUUCCAAAACAGAAAAGAACAAAAGACAGUUGCACGGAGUCAAGACACAUAUGCGAUUUAAAGCAGCUACUACAAGAUCUGAAAUUAGACGCCAUUACAUCCCUGCACUCAACAAACGUAUUUUCUCAUCGUGGAAAAAUGCAAGUUUGAAAGCUUUUGGAAAAUACAAAGAAACUAUCGAAACCAUGGAUGCAUAUUAUCUUAGCCGAGAGAGCUUAGAUUCUUUGAGUGAAAUGGAAAUUAACAAGAAUCAACCAAUAUCUGAAAUCUCGACAGCACAAAAGACAGCAUUGACAAGAGCAUAUAAUAAGAUGUCUCAUCCGAGUCCAUUUAAGAAAGAAGAAACAUCAACCAAGAAAAUGUCUGCUGCUGCUGCUGCUACUGCAGCUAUCAUAAAAGAUGCUGAUGAACUUGGUGAUGAUGGUGACGAAAUGAUAGAGGAAUGGUAA